AUGGCUUCAGCUCCGGACCUCCCAGCUGUCCUCCCGUAUCAAGAUGCAGCGUUCGCUGUUGACGAGCGGGUGGAGGACCUCCUAAGCCGCAUGACCAUUCAUGAGAAGGCUGGACUACUGUUUCAGGAUAUGAUAUCCAUAGGUCCCGAGGGCCAGCUCAUGCCGGAUGAUCCCGUCGGCAGCAAAUUGAUGAACCAUUUUAAUCUUCUCGGUCCUGUGACAGACGUCCGGGAGGCAGCGGAAUGGCACAACCGGCUGCAGCGGCGAGCCAAGGACACGAGGCUCAGCAUCCCGGUUACGUUGUCGUCAGAUCCGCGGAACCACUUUGCGAACAAUGUCGGCACAGGUUUCAACGCCGGGGCAUUGUCCCAGUGGCCAGAGCCCCUCGGACUGGCUGCGCUCCGGUCUCCAGAACUUGUCCAGCAAUUUGCGACUAUAGCCCGUGAGGAGUACCUCGCCCUCGGGAUCCGUCUGGCACUACAUCCGCAGGUCGAUCUGGCCACCGAGCCCCGAUGGUCGCGCAUCAACCGUACGUUUGGCGAAGACGCCGAUCUCUCCUGCGAGCUGGCCAGCGCCUACGUCCGCGGGUUCCAGGGGCCCAAGCUCGGGCCAAAAUCUGUGGCGACCAUGACGAAGCACUUUCCCGGCGGCGGCCCGCAAAAAGACGGUGAAGAUCCUCACUUUGCCUAUGGCAAAGAGCAGAUUUACCCUGGAAAGAAUCUAGACUAUCACCUCCGUCCCUUCAAGGCCGCCAUCGCAGCUGGAACCACUCAGAUCAUGCCCUAUUACGGUAAGCCCAUUGGAACCAAAUACGAGGCUGUCGGGUUUUCUUUCAGCAAAGGGAUCAUCACGGACCUGUUGCGUCAGGAGCUGGGCUUCUCCGGAAUUGUCUGCACGGAUUGGGGCCUCGUCACCGACGCGAUCAUUUCAGGACAGGACAUGCCCGCACGUGCCUGGGGUGUCGAACACCUCACCGAGAUAGAACGGGUACAGAAAAUCAUCGACGCGGGGUGCGAUCAGCUCGGUGGCGAGUCACGUCCUGAACUGGUCGUCCAACUGGUUGAGCAGGGCCUGGUUUCUGAGGCUAGGAUCGAUAUCUCCGUUCGUCGGCUCUUGCGCGAGAAGUUUGUACUCGGGCUGUUUGAUCAGCCCUUUGUGGACGCGGAGGUAGCCGUUCAAACGGUGGGAAGGGCCAAUUUUGUGCGGCAGGGCUUAAAUGCCCAAAAGCGUUCUUUCACCCUCUUGACGAACAGCAAGGACAUCCUGCCGCUUCGUAGAGGGAACCUGAAAGUCUAUCUGGAAGGCCUAUCCCAUGCUACGGCCACGGCCCGUGGACUGUAUGUCGUCUCGGAUCCAGCUCGUGCGGACAUUGCGCUACUCCGGCUGAGCACGCCGCAUGAAGCACGUCCGGGAGGCUUUGAGAAGCGCUUUCACAGCGGGUCUCUGGCAUUUUCUUUUCAGGAACAGGCCCGACAGGCAGCCAUAUAUCAGGCGGUGCCCACCAUCGUCGACGUGUAUCUCGAUCGGCCCGCGGUUAUCCCGGAAGUUGUGUCAUCGGCCGCGGCGGUGCUGGCGAGCUAUGGGAGCAGUGACGAGGCCCUGCUUGAUGUAGUGUUCGGCGAGGCAGCCCCCGAAGGCAAACUUCCGUUUGACCUCCCAUCGUCCAUGAAAGCCGUGGAAGAGUCUCUGACCGAUGUCCCAUACAGCUCAGAAAGCCCCAUAUUUCGGCUUGCAUACGAUCGGUCACUUCCCCUCGCCGACUUAGACAUUGCACUCAGCACUCCACACUCUGCAUUUUCCCACACCCGCAGCCAUUCACUCCAGGUCGGAACGAGGUGCCCCGAAAAUGGCGUCAACGACAGGCCUGCCGCCACCGACGAUGCGCGCAUGGCUGCGGACAGGUCGCGGUGCAGCGAGCCACGUGCUGGAGCUGGUGGACGGCCUUCCGACACCGGCCGUACCAACAAACCGGUCGUCGGCCGACGUGCUGAUCCGGGUGGCGUACGUGCCGCUGCAGUUCAACUCGGAGCUGCUGCUGCAAAUGGUGCCGAGCAGCCUGGCGUUCCUGACGGGACCUCGUUACAUCCCGGAACUGGAGCUCUCGGGCGAGGUGGUCGCGGCGCGUUGGCCGAGUACGUGCGGCUGCCGGCCAGCCAGGUAACUCAAAUCGAUGACGCUGUCGGCCUCGAGGACGCCGCGGGACUGCACUGCUGCGGCUGCACUGCCCUCAAGAUGAUUCGCACGGCCAGCCUGUGCGCCGGCCAAACGGUGCUCGUCAACGGCGCCAGCGGAUCCGUCGGCUCGGUGCUGGUACAGCUGUGCAAGCUGCACGGAGCUAGCGUCGAGGCUGUGGCCAGCGGGGGCAACGAGGCCAUGCUGACAUCCCAGUUCAUCGACUAUCACCAGCACAAUCCCCUUCCGGCCUACCUGGCUCAGAACUACGGUGACCGUCCGUUCGACUUUCUGUUUGAUUGCGUCGGCUCGCAGCCGCUCUUCGACCACUCGCCGGCGUACCUUCAAGCCGACGGAGCCCUGAUCAACGUCAGUGGUGCCAACGCCAGCAGCGUCAACGGCUGGCUGGCCACAGUCCGCAACGUGCCGCUCAACACCUGUCUUCCAACCUGGAUGGGCGGCGUACCACGCCGCUACGCCAUAUUCAGCACGCCGCCAGCCCACGACGACGGCGUCUACCUAGCCCACCUGCUCGAGGCCGGCAGCGUGCGCAUCCCUGUCGACUCCGUCUUCGCCUUGCCGGACGCCCUGCACGCCUAUGAGCGUGUCGCCACCAAGCAUGAGUGGCUGUUGUGCAGAGAGGAGGCUAAGAACUGA